UUUCAAAACAGAAUCAAGAAAGUUGAAAAGAAAAUAUGUGCAUAUAAAAAGGAGACAAAUCCAAGCAGAGCCCUAAGCUCUCCUGCCUAGUUCUUCUGCACCUCCUCCAUCUCCAUCUCGGUGGAGGUUUCAGGCAGGCAAUCUCCCGAUAUAUAAUCUCUGAAGAAUCAAAUGGCUGACGGCGAGGACAUCCAGCCCCUUGUCUGCGACAAUGGCACCGGCAUGGUCAAGGCCGGGUUCGCGGGCGACGACGCGCCGCGGGCGGUGUUCCCGAGCAUCGUGGGUCGCCCCCGGCACACGGGGGUGAUGGUGGGGAUGGGGCAGAAGGACGCAUACGUCGGGGACGAGGCGCAGUCGAAGCGGGGGAUCCUGACGCUCAAGUACCCGAUCGAGCACGGGAUCGUGAGCAACUGGGACGACAUGGAGAAGAUCUGGCACCACACCUUCUACAACGAGCUCCGGGUGGCGCCCGAGGAGCACCCGGCGCUGCUCACCGAGGCGCCGCUCAACCCCAAGGCCAACCGGGAGAAGAUGACCCAGAUCAUGUUCGAGAGCUUCAAUGUCCCCGCCAUGUAUGUCGCCAUCCAGGCCGUGCUCUCCCUCUACGCCAGUGGCCGCACCACAGGCAUCGUGCUGGACUCCGGCGACGGUGUGAGCCACACCGUGCCGAUCUACGAAGGCUACGCCCUCCCGCACGCCAUCCUCCGCCUCGACCUCGCCGGCCGCGACCUCACCGACGCCCUGAUGAAGAUCCUCACCGAGCGAGGCUACUCCUUCACCACCACCGCCGAGCGGGAGAUCGUCAGGGACAUCAAGGAGAAGCUCGCCUACGUCGCCCUCGACUACGAACAGGAGCUCAACGCCGCCGCCGCCGCCAAGAACAGCAGCUCGGUCGAGAAGAGCUACGAACUGCCCGAUGGCCAGGUGAUCACCAUCGGGGCCGAGAGGUUCAGGUGCCCCGAGGUGCUGUUCCAACCGUCGCUCGUCGGCAUGGAGGCGGCCGGGAUCCACGAGACGACCUACAACUCGAUCAUGAAGUGCGAUGUGGAUAUCAGGAAGGAUCUGUACGGCAAUGUCGUGCUGAGUGGUGGAUCGACCAUGUUCCCCGGGAUCGCGGACCGGAUGAGCAAGGAGAUCACCGCGCUGGCGCCGAGCAGCAUGAAGAUCAAGGUGGUGGCGCCUCCGGAGAGGAAGUACAGUGUCUGGAUUGGUGGAUCCAUCCUUGCCUCCCUUAGCACCUUCCAACAGAUGUGGAUCUCCAAGGCUGAAUAUGACGAAUCAGGCCCAGCGAUUGUCCACCGGAAGUGCUUCUAAGUUCUUGGUCUUAUUUAUUCUCAAGUUCUUGCCGGGUUUCCAAUGAGAUAUAUUGUUGAGUUUGUCUGUUUGAGCAGUGCUGAAUCAUACAUGGCCAUAUUAGAGUUCCUGUUGAUGCCAGGUUUGUUGCUAGUAUUGAGGAAUUUGAACUAUCCACCACUAUCUUUUGUAAUAGUAAUUGCGUCACCUGAGCCACAUUAUCAUUCUUCUGUAUAUUCAUAAUUCAUCUGCGUGAGUUGUAAUUUACUGCAUAUAUAUAGAACAUUUGUUUCAUGAUUUCGGAUGUUUUUAAGUUCAUUACUGAGCCUCCCAAAUUGAUGUUUCUAUAGUACUGAUUGCUGUUUUUGCCGGAAAA